AUCGAAAAUACAGAGGGGGGGGGCGACGAAAUAUGUCUCCAGCCCCUCCAAAUGUAAAUAAUUAAGUAUUCAUAUAUUUUAUACGUCGCAAAUCCGAGUUUGCCGCGUUCACGUUGGACACAGGGCUCAACUACUGGUACACGCAAAACUGCACGUUUCCAUCGUCCUCUGUUCGUAGCCAUUCGUCGGAGAAAACGAUGUGAUGACCCUAGCGUUGAUAAACAAAUACGAAAACGCGGCAUGUUGUGCGCAUCAUCGUCCGCGGAACAAAACGAUUGUUAACCGACAAAUGUCAAGGUAUACGUUCCGCGGGGUAUCGGCCGUCCGCGAUAGAUACCGAACGAACCGAUCGACGAUCUCCCAAAUGGAAACGUAUUCUAUUUCAGGCCGCGUUGGACGUGGGUAUUUUCGGUACUCACCGACGGAGAACAAUGGCCGCAAACGUCGUACCGCGUCUUUCGGCCAUGUCGAUUAUCAUACAGUCGCGGUAGCUGUCAUAAAUCCGAACACACCCGAGUGUCUGGAAAAUCUGUCGCGAACGCAAUCGUCGCAGUCUGGCAACCGUCAUUUGUCGUCGGCCGCGCGUCGCCGUUAGUUCUUCGUUUUCGCGCCGUCCCGCCGCGUGUUUUCGCGCACCCGCUGCUCCGUUCACACGUUCGUGUUUGCAUCCGGCUGUUCGAUUUCGUCGGGUUCACGCGCUCAACCCGUUCCCGUCGCCGAAAUCGAGAGACAACAACAACUGCGUUGUACAGUACUUCUACCCGGUCUUGUCUGUCUCGAGGUGAUUAACAACCCACACGGCCUCCGCGGACGUCGUAGAUUUUAGCGCGUUGUGCACGUUUGAUCUGCAGUCGUAUUAAUGAUGGACGGUGUUCGCCGUUUAACGUCAAGCAUGGCCAAUUUAACUACCGCAGAUACAAUCGUCUCGGCCAAGACCGACAAUCCUGCUACAACACUGGCUCGAUGGUGUUCGAAAAAAAACUUGAAACCUCAGUUCAAAUUUUCGGUAAGACAACUAGAUCACAUGGUAAUAUGUGAGCUCAUGAUACCUGGGUAUAAAUAUAUAGGCCAUGGACACUCAAAAACUGUUAAAUCUGCAAAAAAAAAAGCAACUUCUGAUUUUCUAUUAUUUUUAGUACAUCAAAAAGAAUUAAAAUUAGAAACAUCUUCCAUUCUAGAGAAAAUUAAAAAAAAUGCUAAAGACUCAAAAAUAAAUCCAUUACCUGAAAUUAACGAGUCCAAAAAUGUUGAUAAGAACCUCGUUCAAAGUAAUUGGACUAUUAUUGAAGCUAAAAAUAGAUUGAAGACAUACAUUAAAUCUCAUGAAAAAAAUUGUUAUACAACAAAUUGUACAGUAAAUGGAAAGUAUUACAUUGUUAAGAUGUCAAUAUUUAUUGAGGAAUUAAAGAAAACUAUUACUGUUUAUAAAACUGAUGUAUCUCAAAAGUCAGCUACUGAAAAAUGUGAACUUUCUUUGGUCAGAAAACUAUAUGCUUUAGGUCUAAUUAAACAUUGUUUGACUUCUCAGAAAAAAAACGAAAAAUCUAUCUUUAAUUUCUUUGAUGUCUGUGUCAAUAACGAUUUGGUGAAUGAUGUUUAUUGUUUAUUGAAAGAUCUUAAUAUUAGACUUAUGAUUAAUAAAAAUACUGUUAUUCAAAAAGGUGAGACAUUUCUUCUAAACCAUGUUUCUACGAAUGUCAAAGCUCCUAGAAUAACCAGUCGAUUAAAUGAAUUUAGUUCCAAUGUUCUUUUGUGGAUUCCUCCUACUGCCAAAUGGAAUGCAUGGUUGGGAAUUCAAAUAAAUAAUAGUAAAUCUUUAACUCAACUUAGUAACAAGAUAGAGAGAUAUACUGAAAAAAAAAAAAAAUCAUUAAUACUCCAGAAAAGAAUUAAAGACCGAGCAGAUCUACCUAUAUUUAAUAAGAAGCAUGACAUUUUGGACAUAAUUAAAAAUAACUCUGUAGUUAUUGUUCAUGGGGGUACUGGUUGUGGAAAAACUACUCAGGUCUGUCAAUUCAUCCUUGAUAAAUACAUUCACACUAAAAAAGGAGCAUAUUGUAACAUAAUUUGUACACAACCAAGAAAGGUAUCAGCGAUUUCAAUUGCACAACGAGUGGCUUAUGAAAGAGCAGAAAAUUUAGGAAAAAGUGUUGGAUAUGCUGUUCGAUUUGAUAAUAUAAAUCCUCGGAAGUUUGGAGCUAUUUUAUUUUGCACAACUGAAAUUUUGAUUCGUAAAUUGAAAAAUGGCUUAAUUGGGGUAUCACAUGUAAUUGUUGAUGAAAUUCAUGAACGCCGUGCAGACAGUGAAUUCUUAUUAAUAAUUUUAAAAAAUAUGGUGCAGAAGUAUCCAGAUUUGAGAGUGAUUCUUAUGUCUGCAAAUGCUAAUUUAAAAGUAUUUAGUAAAUAUUUUAACAACUGUCCAAUCAUUGAUGUAAAAGGACGUUGCUAUCCUGUGAAAGAAUAUUUUUUGGAAGAUAUUGUGCAAAUGCUAAAUUUUACACCAAAAAUAAAGAAUCUAAUAAAAAAAAACAAAAUUGAUGAAAAACAAGUGAAUUGUAAUUUGAUGGUUUCUAAGGCUUAUCCUAUAAAUAUAAGAAAUAAAGUUGCCCUAAUUGAUGAAGAUAGUCAUCAUCUAGAAAUUGUUGAAUCUUUGUUAAUUUAUAUUGAAAAUAAAUUAAAAAUGAAAGGUGCUAUCUUAAUAUUUUUACCUGGAUGGGCUUGGAUUUCGGAGUUGAAUGAACACUUAGAAAAAACAAUAAAUAUUGCCAAAAAGUUUUCUAUUUUGCCUCUUCACUCAACACUAUCUCGUGCUGAACAACAUAAAGUAUUCAAGUCUGCUCCUAAUGGAAAACGAAAAAUUAUUUUAUCCACGAAUAUAGCUGAAACAUCAGUUACUAUUGAUGAUGUUGUGUUUGUUAUUGAUUAUGGAAAGGUAAAAACAGUUGAAUUUUUUGAUAAUAUUACUAAAUUGAAUACAGUUUGGGCAUCUAAAGUUAAUGUAGAACAAAGAAAAGGACGUGCUGGUCGUGUCCAAGCGGGUGUAUGUUUUAAUUUAUACUCAAAGGAACGGUUUAAUAAAUUAAAUGAUAAUAUUUCACCUGAAUUAAUUAAUUGUUCUCUAAGUAAAAUUGGUUUAACUAUUAAAUUGUUAAAAUUGGGAGAUAUUAAUACAUUUUUGAAGAAGGCCAUUGAUCCACCUCCUGAGGAAGCUAUUAAGAAUGUUAUAACUGUACUAAAAGAAAUUAAAUGUCUUAAUGGAAAUGGUGAACUCACAGCGCUUGGUAAUAUUUUAGCACAGUUGCCUUUAGAGCCACAACUUGGUCGUAUGAUGAUUUUGGGAAAUAUAUUAAUGCUUGGUGAUUCUUUAAGUACAAUAGCAGCCGGUUCAUCUACUAAAUAUGAUAUAUUUAUUGGUGAUUAUGAUGAUCAACAUACAAUGAAGAAUAAUUUUUCUGCUAAUCGCUGUUCAGAUCAAUUGGUUUUUUUAAAUGCCUUUAUGCAAUGGAAUUCAUCAAAUGAUUACUGUAUCUCAAAUGACAAUGAUAUUUUAGAAGAAUUUGGUUUAUCUAAUUCUGGGUUAAUAACCACCAACAAUAUUAAAAAUCAAAUUAUAAAAAUAUUUAUGAGUUUUGGUUUUCCUAAAUCUUGUUUUGAAAUGCAAGAUUUUGAUUUCGGUAAGACUGGAGUUGUAGAGCCUCAAUUAGAUUUGAUACCUGCACUUCUCACAAUGGCAUUUUAUCCUAAUAUAUAUUCCUACAAGGAAAACCGUAAGGUAAAUAUAAGGUCUAAAGAUUUUGCUGUUGUAAGUAGACAUUCUGUUAAUAGUCCUAAAUUUAAAAACCAAAAAUUGGCGGAUAAAUUUCAAUCUCCAUUUUUUGUAUUUGAAGAACAAGUAAAUGUAAUGUGUAUGCAUUCAACUAUGGUGACUCCUAUACAUCUUUUAUUAUUUGGGGCUCGUAAAGUUGAAUAUAUGGACAGUUUAGUUGUAUUGGAUGAUUGGAUUUAUUUAAGAAUGGAUGUGAAAGUUGCUGCUGCUAUUGUUGCUUUGAGGCCAGCAAUUGAUGAUUUAAUUGUAAGAACUGCUGAAAAUCCAAAAUUGAUAUCAAAAUUGAAUGAGACUGAUAUUAGACUUAUCAGUAUUUUAACAAAUUUGUGUAAUUAUAACGCAGGAAGACAUAAUUUAUAUCCUAUAAAAUUUGAUUAAUGGUGAAAAGUAGUAUAGAAACUAAGUAACUAUGCGUACUGUAUUUUCAAUUAUUGUGUUAAUUGAUUGAAAUUGUUUAUGUAGGUAUGAUUCGAAAACUAUCAUCAUAAAUAAAUUGAUAAAAUACAAUUUAUACCUAUUUUUUUAUGAAGGACUAAUUACAUUUCAUUGUCUAAGUGCUAAACAAU